AUGGAUCAAUUAGAACGUAAACUUAAACGAUAUAAAUCAGAAAUUGAAUCACUGUCUAGCAGAGGAAUUGGUACAGAUAAACUUAAAGACGAAUUAUAUGAAGCAGUUUAUACAAGUCGUUAUUUACCAAUAGAAGAUCAUAAAAAUAAAUCAUUUCAUCAACUUUUAUUACGUCUCUAUGGAUCAAAUCAAGUAACUGAAUUAGCAAAAAUUUGUACAAAAGAUGUGUUAGAAGCUAACAAAGAUCGUGAUCAUGCAAAUGAUAUUAGAAAACGUGAUGAAAGAAUCGAUGAACUUACUCAUAUCAAUAAGGAAUUAAAUGAAGAAAUUGAACGACUUAAAGCAACAAUUGAAGCAGGAAAGAAACCAGCAUGGCGUCCUGUACCUGCAUCAAUUCCUGCAGCACGUGAUCCAGGUAAAAAUCGUCAAGUAUUAAAACCAUCAAGUAUUCAACCUGGAACAAAACCUGGACCUACUUGGUGA